AUGGAGACUCCACGUGCGAGGGAUAGCGUGUUCACAGCUCAGGACACUUUCUUGCGUCGGCAUGUGGGCCCGCGCCCUGAACAGAUUGAGCACAUCCUCAAAACGCUUGGCUACUCUUCUGUAGAUGAAUUCGUGUCUAAAACGGUACCGGAGGAAGUGCUUCUUUCAGAAUCCAGUUUUGACGAAAGCGCCAUGCCUGCUCUAUCAGAAUCUGAAUUAGCAAGGCGCGGUCGAGAACUUGCGAGUCAAAACCAGGUAUUUCGAUCGUACAUUGGCAUGGGGUAUUCAAACACUGAGGUUCCUCCUGUUAUUAUGCGCAACGUUCUUGAAAAUCCUGCGUGGUACACAAGCUACACGCCAUACCAAGCCGAGAUUUCCCAAGGCCGUUUAGAAUCCUUGCUCAACUAUCAAACACUCGUCAAGUCGCUCACAGGUCUCGAUAUUUCCAAUGCUUCUCUGCUAGAUGAGGGUACUGCUGCCGGCGAAGCGAUGAUUCUGGCACUAAACUGUGUUAAGGACAAGAAGCGCAAUGUUUUCCUCGUAGAUGAGAAUGUGCUACCACAGACACUGGCUGUGCUACAAGGACGAGCAAUGGGCUUUGGUAUUGAGGUUAUAACAUCAAAAUUGCACGACAAUGGCAAGGCUGCACUUCCGCUUGAGCAUAAGGAGCGGAUUAUGGGUGUGCUCGUACAAUACCCAGAUGUAAAUGGCACGCUCGUUGACUGGGCACCGCUUGCAAAGGAAGUGAAAGAACUGGGCGGCCUAUUGAUCGCUGCCACUGACCUCUUGGCAUUGACGAUGAUUAAGUCGCCUGGUGAGUGGGGCGCGGAUGUUGCCGUUGGUAAUGCUGGUCGUUUUGGCGUCCCUCCCGGCUAUGGUGGGCCCCAAGCGGGCUUCUUUGCCGCAUCGGAUGCGAUCAAGCGUCGUAUGCCUGGUCGUUUGAUCGGCGUAAGCCGCGAUGCCGAUGGUCGUCCUGCGUAUCGCUUGUCUCUCCAAACACGAGAACAACAUAUCCGUCGUGAGAAAGCCACAUCGAACAUUUGCACAGCUCAAGCUCUCUUGGCGAAUAUGUCGGCCAUGUAUGCCGUGUAUCAUGGACCUCGAGGUUUGCGUCGGAUUGCGGCCAAGGUCCAUGCGUUGACCAUCGUACUCAAAAAGCAGCUUGAGCAACUUGGUGCAAAGGUUGUGAAUCGGGACGGCGCUUUUUUCGAUACUCUUACAAUCGAAGCGCCAGCAUCGAAGGUCCACAAGGAAGCUGCAGCAAAGCGCAUCAACCUACGCCGGAUCUCUGAUGAUCAUGUCGGUGUAACACUGGACGAGACAGUAAGCGUGGAAGAUAUGACUGAUGUGAUUAACUCCUUUGCUCGUGCAAUGUCGAAACCAGAGAUUGCCGCUCAAGACCUAGUCGCGUCUACCAUGGAGCAGGGUCUUUCAGCGGAGUCGCUCGAUUCACUCUCUUUUGAUGCGAACUUUGCGCGCACAUCGCCGUAUCUAACACAACCUGUCUUUAAUUCGCACCAUUCGGAAACUGCAUUGUUGCGAUACAUACACUCGUUACAGAACAAAGACCUAUCGCUUGUCCAUGCUAUGAUUCCUCUCGGCUCGUGUACGAUGAAGCUGAAUAGCACGUCGAGCAUGAAUAUGUUGUCGUUCCCCGAGUAUCACGCAAUCCAUCCAUUUGUGCCUCUAGACCAGGUUCAGGGAUACCAGACAUUGAUCAAAGAACUCGAGGAUGAUCUUGCUAAGCUAACGGGCUUUGCAGCGGUAUCACUGCAGCCGAACUCUGGUGCACAGGGUGAAUUUGCCGGUCUCUCCGUGAUUCGUGCCUACUUUGAUGCUCAGGGUCAGCAGCACCGACAUGUAUGCUUGAUUCCGACUAGUGCACAUGGAACAAACCCCGCUUCAGCUGUCAUGGCAGGUAUGAAAGUUGUAUCGGUCAAGACGUUGCCCGAUGGAACGAUCGACUUGGAUGAUCUGCGUGAAAAGGCUGAGAAGCACAAGGAUGUUUUGGCUGCAAGUAUGAUCACAGAGCCUGGUACCACUGGUAUUUACUUCCCAAAAAUCAAAGAAGCCAUCAGUAUUGUCCACGAGUUUGGUGGUCAGGUGUAUCUUGAUGGUGCAAACCUACAGGCACAGGUUGGUGUCACUAAUCCAGUUGUGAUGGGCGCAGAUGUCACCCAUCUCAAUUUGCACAAGACCUUUAGUAUUCCGCACGGUGGUGGUGGUCCUGGAGUGGGACCCAUUGGUGUCAAAGCUCAUCUUGCGCCCUACUUACCAGGUCAUCCUGUCGUCAAGACAGGUGGCGAGAAUGCCAUUGAGCCUGUUUCUGCUGCACCAUGGGGUUCAGCAUCGAUCUUGACGAUUGCGUGGGCUUAUAUACGUAUGCUAGGUUGGCAUGGCAUCCGGACUUCUACCGUCAUGGCACUCCUAAAUGCCAACUAUGUCAAGGAGCGGAUCCAGCACAAGUACAAAGUCAAAUAUGUCGGAAAACACGGCAAUGUCGCCCAUGAAUUGCUCGUGGAUGUUGCAGAAUUCCAACAGUGCGGUGUACAGGUAAUGGAUGUUGCUAAACGUCUUAUUGAUUAUGGUUUCCACCCCCCUACCUGUUCGUGGCCUAUUUCCACUGGUCUUUUGAUCGAGAUCACAGAAAGUGAACCAUUUGAGGAGAUCGAGCGUCUUGUUGACGCCCUCCUGCAUAUCGCUGAUGAGGUGCAAGAAAUCAGCGAGGGCAAGCAGCCCAAGGAUAUCAACCUACUCAAGAUGGCGCCACACAACCAUUGA